AGAAGCCAGUGUUGAGUCUGAGCUCCUGGAAUCAAUUGGGUUUCUGAUCCAAUCUGUUUAGGAUUUUAUUUAUUAAGGCAUGAGGUUAUUUUGAAAGAUUUCUUCCACUUUUUUCUUUCUUUUUUAAAGUCAGACACUGAAGAACAUUUGAAGAAAUGACACACUCCUCAGGCAAAGAGCUCAAUGGACUAGACAACCCUGGCUUCACGGUUGAAGAGGGAAGCCAGUACUGUACCUUGCCUGAACUUGGCACCAAUGAGAAAAGUAUUAAAGAGGAACAGAAGAAAGGCAAGGCAAAGGACCGAAGCAAACUAGCAUAUUGUGUCACAGAUGUUCCACCAUGGUACCUCUGCAUCCUUCUAGGCAUUCAGCACUUCCUGACAGCUCUUGGUGGCCUUGUAGCCAUUCCUCUGAUCCUGUCCAAGGAGCUUUGCCUGCAGCAUGACCUUCUGACCCAGAGCCACCUAAUCAGCACCAUCUUCUUUGUCUCAGGGAUUUGCACACUCCUUCAAGUCUUCUUUGGAGUCAGGUUGCCUAUUAUUCAAGGAGGGACAUUUUCAUUCUUGACACCAACCCUUGCCAUGCUCUCCCUUCCUCAUUGGAAAUGCCCUGCCUGGACACAGAAUGCUAGCUUGGUAAAUGUUUCUUCACCAGAGUUCACUGAGGUCUGGCAGACACGGAUGCGAGAGGUUCAGGGAGCCAUCAUGGUAGCUUCUUGUUUCCAAAUCCUUGUUGGAUUUUCUGGCCUGAUCGGAUUUCUGAUGCGGUUCAUUGGCCCUUUGACAAUCGCCCCAACCAUCACUUUGGUUGCGCUGCCUCUCUUUGAAUCUGCAGGACAGGAGGCAGGAGAACACUGGGGCAUCGCAGUCAUGACCAUUGCCUUCAUUGUUCUGUUCUCUCAGUAUCUGAAAAAUGUGCCUAUGCCACUGCCGGCCUACCAGCGAGCCAAGAAAUGCUACUUCUCUAGGAUCUACCUCUUCCAGAUCUUCCCAGUACUUCUUGGUCUCUCCCUCACGUGGCUGAUGUGCUUUGUGUUCACUGUGACCAAUGUCUUUCCCUCGAACCCUGAAGCUUAUGGUUAUUUGGCUCGGACUGACAUCAAAGGGGACGUUUUGUCCCAAGCCCCCUGGUUCCGGUUCCCUUAUCCAGGCCAAUGGGGUGUUCCAACAAUCAGCUUGGCUGGAGUAUUUGGGUUCAUAGCUGGAGUGAUUUCCUCCAUGCUGGAGUCAGUGGGGGAUUACUAUGCCUGUGCCCGACUCUCUGGAGCCCCACCCCCUCCAAAGCAUGCUAUCAAUCGUGGGAUUGGAGUGGAAGGAAUUGGUAGUCUUCUGGCUGGGGCCUGGGGUACAGGGAAUGGCACCACUUCUUACAGUGAAAACGUUGGAGCUCUGGGAAUCACUCGGGUAGGAAGUAGAAUGGUGAUUGUUGCGGGUGGCUGCGUGAUGCUUUUGACAGGAAUAUUUGGAAAGAUUGGAGCCAUGUUUGCCAGCAUACCAACACCCGUGAUUGGAGGAAUGCUGAUUGUGAUGUUUGGGAUCAUCACUGCUGUGGGAAUUUCCAAUUUACAGUAUGCAGACAUGAACUCCUCAAGGAACCUGUUUAUCUUUGGGUUCGCUAUAUUUGCAGGUCUGACCAUUCCUAACUGGGUAAAGACACGUUCUCAAGUGCUAGAAACAGGAAUCAUACAGCUAGACCAAGUAAUCCAGGUGCUUCUCACGACUGGCAUGUUUGUGGGUGGAUUUCUGGGGUUUGUCCUUGAUAAUACUAUUCCAGGAAGCAAAGAAGAGCGAGGAAUCCUAGCCUGGAAGGAGUCCCAUGGGGUGGAGUCUGCUGAGUCCCAGCUUCUUUCGGAAGUCUACAGCCUUCCAUUUGGGAUUGGCAUGAAGUUCUGCACAGCCUCUUGGGUUCGGCACAUCCCAGUGUGCCCCAAGAGGCCAUCUGGAUCCACAAGAAAGGAGGAGCCAAAAACUCUUGGAGAAGAGAACAGUGUCCCAACGGGCUCAGAACAAGAUGCAGAGAUGGGCAUUGAUACAAAGAUAUAAGCCUGUGGCUGGGAACUGAAUUCACUCAGAAUGGACGCCUAGCAGCUGUGAUUGUACAUGCCCUGAUCUGAAUAGGCCCAAUAAUGGGCAGUGAUGUUAGAGGAUGGAGCGGGGGAAUAGUUGACAAGACCUGUGCUUUCUGUUUCUAGCUCUGCCACUAACUCAUUGUGUGGCCAUGAGUCAGCCACUUAACCUCUCUGUGCCUCAGCCUGUCCCACUGUAGCAAGUAUAAAUAUUGAUUGGAGGCACAGCCUAGGCAGAAGCUAAGUAACGCUCCUGAAGGGGACUUGAUAACCCUUCCUACCUGGAACCUUGACAGCCCAGCGCAUACACAGCAAAGACCCUUUCCCUCUCCUGUUGAAUAGCUGCUCAGCUGGAGCUAUGAGGUCUUCCUUCUG